CUGUUGCCGUGCGCUCAUUAACAGCCGCAGCGAGUCUGGACACACACCUCUGCGUUCUUCCUCUCACUUAUUUUGGGGUAUUUUUUGGGGGGGGGCGCAUUAAAAUCCAGCCAAGCUGUACAGUGGCUGACCCGUGUCCUGCUUCCGUUCCAUACGGCGGAGGGCUCGAUAGAGAGAAAUAAAAUAAAUAAAUCAGUAAAAUGAGAGGAGUCACGCAGCAUUAGCGCCGACCUUUCCUUCACUCGUUUUGGCCUCCAGCAUGAUUUAAGUGCUAACAGAAAGCCGAGUGGAGAUGGAGAUGUUUGAAGGAGGUGUAGCUGCUCUGCGGGCUGAGGAGGACGCAGAGGAGGAGGAAGACAAGGCGAAAGUUGCGUCUUUGCCCCCGCUGAUGGAAGACGAGGAGAACGUGUCUUUGGCAGAUAUCCUGUGCCUGAGAGACAGCUGCCUGUCCGAGCAGGAGGUGUGGGCAGUGUGUGCUGAGUGUGUGCGCUCGCUGCAGAGCAUUUCCUGCUCUCCACUCUUUUACACUCUCUGCAUUACACCAGACACGCUUGCCUUUAAUGCCCACGGCAACGUGUGCUUCAUGGAACAGCUCAGUGAUGACCCUGAAGGCACCUUUGUACCACCAGAGUUUGACAAGACUGGAAACACAAUUGAGGGUCAUGUGUUCUCGCUUGGCUCCACACUUACAGCUGCUCUGGGCUAUGAUGGAGAACCUGAAACCGAAGCAGAGUUCGGGGUUGAUACUCUUAGGUUGCUUGAACAAAUGCAAGAGGAAAAGCCAGGAGAUAGACCUUCUCCAAAGGUCAUUCUGUCUCUAGCAGAUGCCAAACUCAGAGACACAAUAUCCACAGCAGUGUGCCGAAAGCUCUCUGCCAUAGGAAGAAGAGUGCUAUCCAUAGAAUCGGUGGCACCUUUUCAAGAUGAAUGGGACAAAUCAUAUCAUCACUUAAUGGAAUAUAAAAGCUCACGGUCAAGCUCAGUUGAGAAUCAUACAUAUGACCAGCGCAUGGCCAGACAUUAUUCUUCAGAUUCUCAUGAAGACGAGGAGCAUCUAGUUAAACCUAGGAGAAGAGUCUGCAAUGGUUCAUUCCGUUCCGGGAGUGUGGAUGGAUAUCACGGAGGUCCAAUGCCGCUCCGAGAUGUAAACUCCUUUUACCCGAGUCAGAAUAGCUCCACCGUUCUUAAGAUGAAUCAAGAGGUGAGGUGGAGAAGAUCACGGAGUGCCCUAAAUCGCUCCUGCUCCAUUCCUGACUCCAACAACCCCCCUGUGUUUUCAUCUCCAUCACACACAAACCUAAGCAUGAUGGUAGCAGACUUGUCAGAGAUUGGGGGAGAUGAGAAUAUUAUGAUGCAAUGGGAAGACCAUAUGCUGAAGGAAACAAGCAAGAAGUCUGCACUGGAUGAAGAUUCCGAUGGAACAGAUGAGGUUCUCAGCCACUCAGUAGAAUCUGUAAACAGAAUAAGUAAUGACACCCCGACUCGUGUCACCACCAAUGUAGAUCCAGAAUAUACAGAUCAAAGUGAAGUUGUAAGGGAGGAAACCCCUGUGCUCUUCACACAUGUAGAUGAGGAAAUAAAGAAUAGCAACCUGUGCUCUUCUAAUCAUAUGACCAAAAGCAUGCUGUGCCUCAAUGAGGAAUCUCAGGAUGAGUGGGUCUCUUUGCGGGAGCUGCUGUCACACUGUACAUGGCCAUUGUCUGUGAAUGAGUUGUGGGCCCUGUGUUACACCUGCCUGACCACACUGCAAUCCUACACUGAUUUCCCAGCUUACCUGUGCCUGGACUCUGUUUAUGUCAGCUGUGAUGGAGAGCUGCUGUUCCUAAUGCCAAAAAACACAGGAUCCAGCGAUGCCUUUUAUGUAGCGCCUGAAUUCCAGGAACAUGGUAUUUUAACAGAAAAGGCCUGCAUAUAUGGAGUGGCAGCAAUUUUGUGGGCUGUAGCUAAAUUUCAUUUGUCCCCUAAUCAGAAGUUAGCUAUGCCAAGAAAACUCAAAAGGCUCCUGCUUGAGAUGGCCAAAAAAACUCCAAUUGAAAGACCAUCUAUUGUUAUGGCAAAAAAGAGAUGCCGUGACUACCUGUCUUAUCAGGGGACUGAUGCUGAGACUGUGUGGACACGGCUAAUCAACAGACUUCAUAAGGCAUCAAAUAGGAAUAAUGAAGAAGGAAAAGAACAUUUCCAUGAUGUGGGCUUAUUUAAACAGUCAGCUACACCUGAGAGGAAAACUGGUUUCAUCCCUGUGGGGCAUGAUGUCACGUUGGCCCCUGUAUCUGGUCCACUUCCCCAGAGCAACUCUCUCUCUAUGAUAGCAAGGCUGCCUGAGGCUUUCACUUCUUUAGCAACCCACUUUACUCCUAUUGUAGUGGCUCAAGAGAAUGUCAAGGAAGACGAAAUUCCUAUCCCUCAGCUAAGGAUCGGCAGUGAAACUGAAAUAGGAAAUGAGGACCUGACUGCAGAAACACCACAAAUGAAAGAAAACUGGAUGCAGGAAGAGCAAGAGGAAGACCAGUGCUCAUCCUUGUCCAGUAGCACAACUGCUCUUACCUCUUCACCUCAAACCAACCUCCAAAUAACCUGUCCAGACUCGAAUAGCCAGUCUUCACCAGCCUAUCCUAACAUCUCAUGCUCUACUGGCGUUUACAACAAUUUCCUCCUGCAACAUGACCCUCAGAGUGGCCGUCUGACACUGCUUCCUAUUCACAUAGCUGUUUCUCAGCCAAUCCCUGGCCUAGAUCUUAACCUUCCAUUGAGGGCAGAUUCAGAGACUGACUCAGGAACCCAAACCACAGAGAAUAUUGUGAAACAAAAUACCAAGAAUGGAGAAUCUGAUCACCAUUUCACCUCCUCCUACCACAAAAACAGCAAAAGCAGCAUUCCAAAUUAUAGCGCUCACCUGAAUAUCACUGAGCCUCCCCAACAAACCAGGGUAUUGAGCACUAUACAACAAAGACAGCUCAUCCUGCAGCAGGUCAUUGGUCUUAUCAGAGAGGAGUUUGCCUUUGACUGUUAUCUGGAAAAAGGAGCAGAGGAGCUUGUAAUGGGAGAGUACAUCCUUUCUUUAACAAGCCUGCACUUUGAGACCUUCUGUAAAGCAGUAGUGGAGAAGUUCAGCAAUCUCCACUGGGAUAAAGACUUACUAGGAUUGCUGCAUUGUCUUGUCAAUCAUGACCCCUGUUUGCUAGCAUGUGUUGAAGAUCCUGCAUCAGAGCUGGAGGAAGGAGCACUGACAUCCCUCUCGGAUGCCAAGAGGAGUGAGGGGGAGGAGGGAGGGAACAGUGCGCAUGGUCAGCUUGACCACAACGCAAACAAGUGCCAUGCUCCAGAAGGGAGAGAACAGAAAGCAACUAGGCAACAAACCCAAGGAGAGACUAAAGACAAACAAGAACCCAUAAGAACAGAAGAAGGAAAUAGAAAUACAGCUGAUGAGAUCAGGAACAUGCAGAAAGAGACUCAACCAGUCACGUUUACAAAACAUCGUCAUGACAGCACAGUGUUGAGUGGACUCGGUAUGGACAUGGAAAGCAGCAGCUCCCCAGUAGAUGGAGCUGAAGCGUUUGUGUGUAGUGAUGAGUCUCUGUGCCAGCAUUCUGAACUGGGGGAGAGUACAGAGACCCAGCUUUCCCUGGACUGCUCAGAUGCAGAAAUGGACGAUUCUGACUCAGUGACCUCAGACAGGACAGUGUCCUCCCACUCAGGCUUUCAGGACCCUUUGUCCCGGCCCACAUGGGCCUUGGCUCUGUACGGAGAAGACUUCUUCAGCCAAGAAGUGGUGGAGUAUGCUUACAAACUGGGCAGCCAUACUGUCUCACCAAGCCUUGAAGAUAAAUCACAGGAACCACCAUUCUUAGACCAAGAAUUUUACCAGGAACUUCAGCAACAGCUUAUGAUUGAGAGCAGAAAUUUAAAGAAGACCAGGAAUUUUUAUCACAAGCUAAUUCAGCAAGAGAGGAAAAAUAAAGGUUCUGAAGCAAAAGUGAUGCUUUCAAAACUGAGGGCCCAGUUUGAUGAACUUAGAACUAAAGUAGAGUUUCUUGACUCUGUAAGGCAAUAUCUUCAGGUGUUGUAUGUAGAUCAGUGGGGUUUGCCUCUCUCUCUACUGCCCUCUCUGGCUUCAUCUGGAUCUUCUACCGUAGACCUCCAAGCUUGUGAAGACCCAGCUAUAUUGAGCCUGGUGUGUGAGCAGCGCAGAACGAGAGGUUGCUGUCCUCUACUGUCAGGAACACCCAAAGGCCUGAUGGCUUAUUUAUAUUCCAGAAAUGCUCUUAUGGAAGGAUACAUCCAGCAUUUCCUUUAUACCUACCGCUAUUUCUGUACUCCUGAGGAAUUCCUUCAGUUUCUAAUGGACAAAUUUAUCAGCUCUGUAGUAUCAAACAAAGAUGUCGCUAGUGAUGCUAAGGUGUACCAUCGCACUCUGGACCUGUUAGAGUGCUGGAUAGAAGACAGCCGAUCAGUGGAUUUUACCUCCAACUCCCACGUUCAACGAACCCUUGACAACUUCCUCACAUCUGAGGUGGCUCCAGUAGACAGUCGUGGAGAAAGUCUUCUCACAAUGCUACAAAACAGUCCGAAAAAAAGGCGGGGCUUUGGGGUGUCAAUUCAGGGUGAGAGUCCAACCAGUGGGUUGGAGGAUCUUGAUGUCCAAUCAUUUCAGUCCUUUGGCAGGAAAUAUUCUGUUGAUGAUGCAGCAAAGAAGAGUUUUCAGUGGCGUGUAUCCCGUGUGGUGGAGCCCCAACCAAAGGAGAAGGUGUAUUCAAUCGCAUCAGCACUGCCCCGACCCUGCUACAGUUCCCUGCUGAGUCAGCUAACCAAUGUGUCUUUGAGGCAUGAGGAGAGAGUGGCAUUUAGUCAUACAGAGCACACUCCCCUGAAUACAGCACAACAGCUCACACUGCUCCAACAGGAAAUCUUCCAAGGUUGUCACCCCGUGCAUUUUCUCAACUCCAGAGCACAGGGAGUGAAGGAAAAGGCUGUCAGAAUCUCCAAAUGUUUAGCAUCCAAUGCACCUCCACUAGAGGGCAGUAGUUUGUUUGUGGGUGAUGAGCCAGGGCAUGAUGGGCCCCUACAACACCUCUUGAGAUAUGCAGAAAGCAUCAGUAACUGGGUCUCAGCUGAGAUUGUCAUCACAGACUCAGUGAAGGUUCAGGCAGCCUUGCUUGGCAGGUUUUUGUCUAUUGCUAAGCACUGUUAUGAGACAAGAAACUUCGCUACAGCCAUGCAAAUUCUUGGAGGUCUGGAGAAUGUGAUUGUCCGACAAUUACCGGCCUGGAAGCAGCUGCCAGCAAAGAUGUCGGAUGUUCUUGAAGAGAUCAGGACAGUUCAGGUGUUUCUGAAGAGUGACAGCCUGUGUCUGAUGGAGGGAGAAAGGGGAAGGAAGCAGCCCACACUACCAGAUGCACACAUCCUGGCCAUGCACAUACAACAGCUGGAAAUCGGAGCCUUCACUCUGACUAACAAAGCGUACAAGUGGCCCAAGUUACGGAGUAUAGCACGUGUGGCAAGUCAGGUCCAUGCUUCCCAAGAGCACAUGUAUACGUACAUUCCUGAUUUAGAACUACAGUCAUAUCUUCAGGCCCGGAUCAGCCGUCUGGGUGCUUGUGAUGUGUCACUACUUGCUGCUGACAGUGAUGCCAACUUUAACCAGCCUGCUGCAGAGCGGCACACACGUCGCAUUCAGGACACACUGCGCAGGGUCAAAGCCUCCUUCCAGUGAUCUGGAGAGAGCUCAGACACAGGCGCACCCAGACAGAGAAAAUGAGGCAUGUCUAUUAUACUCAGUGCAGAAACUGUUAAUGCACAUGGAUUUUAAUGAAACUUUUGUAAUCUAGUACAAGGCUGUGGUUAUAAGACGAAUGGGAACUGUGAGAAUCACUCAGGUUUUGUAGUGUCUGUGGCCUAAGAGAGCAUCCAUUUUUGUUAUUCGGUUUUUUUUUGUUUAUUCGGUGAUAUUCCAUCUUUUCACCAAUUCAGCAUUUACCUAAAAAAAACAUCAGUUUUACCAACCAUAUUCUCCAAACUUCAGAAAAUAGAUUUGCACUCAACACACCCAAUAAUUAUCUCAGAGUCUCCAUACCGUGAAGAAAGUAUUCUGGGGCGUUCAAAAAGACUCCGACUUUUACUAUAAGUGCAUUUUAAAGAAACUGGGUUUUCAUUUUGUAGAUGUAGUGUAUAGAGGUUUUAAAAAUGCUUAAAUAAUUCUUUUUAAUCUACAAGAAAAAACUUCGGGUAAAAAUGUACUAAUUCUUCAUACUACCAGUACCACUGCAGCACCAUGAAUGGAAAUGAUCUGUCAGAAACAGCCAUUGCCUAAAUCCAUUCAUUUAUGAAAUGGUGUAAAGACUGCACUCAUACAUAGUAGCUCAGUUCAGGCAGAGCAUGGUAGCUGUGCUUGGGUGUAAAAUUAUGAGUUAUUACAAGUAGGCAAAUUCUCAUUUAGUGCUACAGAGAUAUAUUUGUACUUGGUUAUAUUGGUAUGGUUAUAUUUUUCUGCAUACAGAUAGUAGUGUAUUUUCUAUAUGUCAAGCAAUAACGUAAUUAAGCGUUUUAAGUCAUAGGCGGAUAUUAUUAUCAUUGUUAUGAUUAUAAUUAUUAUUAUUAAUGCGAUUACAAUUUGUCGGGUUGCCUGUGUGUGUGUGUGUGUGUGUGUGUGUGUGUGUGUGUGUGUGUGUGUGUGUGUGUGUGUGUCACCCCUCACUCGGAGGUGAGGAAACAGGCGCUCCUGGAGGUCGAUGCUUCUCUGUAGUCGCCACUUCAAAGCACUUCAGAUAAACACACUUAAUUGGGAGGCGAAGAGCUCCGACCUCUCUAAGCACAGAUCUGAGAUAAAGGAAGCAACCAGCAUGCUGUUAUCAUCUUCACUUGAGCUAAACGGUCCCUUUAGGAGCGCAUUGUUAGCCAGCGGCGGCUUUGGCGCUCAAAAGGAUUAAACUACUCAGAGAGUCAACACAUACAGUGAGCUAUAACCUGAUGAGUGGGAUUAACCCGGCAGUCACAUCGUCUGUGUGCCAAUGCAUUUCACAUCCCAUAUCUUACUUAUAUGUUUAAGUGUUGAAGUGUUUAAUAAAAAGAAAUGCGAUUAAUAGAAUUAUAAAUAAACUUGCAAUAAGAGUGUGGA